AAAUUGAAUUUAUCAAAAGCCGGUGUACUGUUGUGUUGUUUGAAGAUAUUUUUCUGCAGAUUUAGUGUGUAUAUAUAGAUAUAUUUUUUUUCGAAACGAGAGUGUACAACGGAAUUUUUACGACAAGCCGGUAUGGAACUUACGGAUGACAAUUUACUUACACUCAGUGAAUAUUUGAAGCAUACACUUAGCCCCGACGUAAAUGUUAGACGGCCAGCCGAAAAGUUUUUAAAGUCAGUUGAAGUAAAUCAAAAUUAUCCGCUACUUCUGUUACAUCUUGUGGACAAGUCUGAAAUCAAUAUAACUAUUAGAAUUGCUGGUGCAGUUGCAUUUAAAAAUUAUGUAAAACGUAAUUGGAAAGUGGGAGAAGAUUCUGUGGAUCGUAUACACGCGCAAGAUAGAGAUGCUAUAAAAAAAUUAAUUGUUAAUUUAAUGCUGCACUCUCCUGAUUCGAUUCAAAAACAAUUAUCUGAUGCUGUCUCGAUAGUUGGAAAAUAUGAUUUUCCAAAUAAAUGGCCAGAACUUAUUGACCAAAUGGUUGAAAAAUUCAAUACAGGGGAUUUUCAUGUUAUUAAUGGUGUAUUACAUACUGCGCACUCGUUAUUCAAAAGAUAUAGAUACGAAUUUAAAAGUCAGAGCCUAUGGACUGAGAUAAAAUAUGUAUUGGAUAGAUUUUCUAAACCUUUGACUGAUUUGUUUGUUGCUACAAUGAAUUUAAUGCAGGUACAUGCAAACAAUGUAGAUGCAUUGAAAGUUAUAUACAGUUCUUUGGUGAUUUUGUCCAAGGUGUUUUAUUCUCUUAAUUUCCAAGAUUUGCCAGAAUUUUUUGAAGACAACAUGGCUGUGUGGAUGAGGAAUUUCCAUAUUUUAUUGAACAUAGAUGUCCCCUCCCUACAAUCUACCGAUGAAGAAGAACCAGGAGUUAUUGAACAAUUAAAAUCACAAGUCUGUGACAAUAUUGGCCUUUAUGCUCAAAAAUAUGACGAAGAAUUUCAACCAUACUUACCUGAGUUUGUAACUGCUGUGUGGAAUUUAUUGACAUCAACAGGACAACAACCGAAAUACGAUGCUUUAGUUUCAAAUGCCUUGCAAUUUUUAGCAACAGUAGCUGACCGUGCUCAGUAUAGAAACUUAUUUGAAGAUCCAACCACUUUGAGUAAUAUUUGCGAAAAAGUUAUAAUACCUAACAUGGAAUUUAGAGAAACGGAUAAUGAAUUAUUUGAGGAUAAUCCGGAAGAAUAUAUCAGGCGAGAUAUUGAGGGUAGCGAUGUCGAUACACGAAGACGUGCUGCUUGUGAUUUAGUUAAAGUACUUUCUAAAUAUUUUGAAGCAAAAAUAAUGGAAAUUUUCGGCGCCUAUAUACAGGUAAUGUUGCAAAAUUAUGCUGAGAAACCAGCUGAAAAUUGGCGGAGUAAAGAUGCUGCUAUUUAUCUAGUUACCAGUAGUGCAAGCAAAGCUCAAACUCAAAAACAUGGUGUUACACAAAGCAGCGAGCUUGUUUCAUUACCCCAAUUUGCAAUGCAACAUAUCGAACCAGAAUUGGUCAAAUCAAAUGUGAAUGAAUUCCCUGUUCUUAAAGCUGAUGCCAUUAAAUUUAUAAUGACCUUCAGAUCGAUAUUGCCAAAAGAAAUGAUAAUUGGUAGUCUACCACAAUUAAUUAGGCAUUUAAGUGCCUCAAAUAUCGUAGUUCACACAUACGCUGCUUGCGCGAUUGAAAAAAUACUCGCAAUGAAAGGACCUGAUAAUACACCUUUAGUUAAAGUAAAUGAUAUAUCGCCACUGACAUCGGAUUUAUUAAAGGGUCUAUUUGUGUGUUUAAAUACACCUGGCUCAGAAGAGAACGAAUACGUAAUGAAAGCUAUUAUGAGAAGUUUUGGUAUUCUACAAGAGGUGAUUGUACCAUUUUUAGCAGAUCUUCUUCCAAAACUUACAGAAAAGCUUGCCGUCGUAUCUAAAAAUCCAAGUCGUCCCAACUUCAAUCAUUAUCUCUUUGAAACAUUUGCUUUAUCAAUUAAAAUAGUUUGUAAAACACAUAAAGUCGCUGUAUCAUCGUUUGAAGAAGCACUAUUUCCAAUUUUCCAAGAAAUCUUGCAACAAGACGUUCUAGAAUUCUUACCGUACGUUUUUCAAAUUCUUGCUUUACUUCUGGAAUUACGAACGACUCAAGAUAUGCCAGAAGCAUAUUUGGCCUUGUUCCCCUGUCUAUUGUCAUCCGUGUUAUUUGAACGCCAAGCUAACAUUCACCCAUUAAAUCGAUUAUUAAGAGCUUUCAUUAGCCAUGGUGCACAUCAUAUAGUAGCGCAAGAUAAGACAAAUGGUUUACUAGGUGUAUUUCAAAAAUUGAUCGCUUCAAAAGCCAAUGAUCACGAAGGUUUUCUAUUGUUACAAAGUAUCAUUGAACACUUUGCACCGAAUAUAUUGGAACCAUAUAUGAAACAAAUUUUCAUAUUACUGUUUCAAAGACUUUCAUCUUCGAAAACGACAAAAUUCGUAAAAGGUCUAAUCGUAUUUUUUGCAUACUAUAUUAUUAGAUAUGGUUCAAAUAAUUUGGUUACAAUUAUAGAUGAAAUACAGCCUCGAAUGUUUGGUAUGGUUUUGGAACGUGUACUGAUAGCAGAUAUGCAAAAAAUAUCGGGCGAUAUUGAACGAAAAGUAACCGCAGUCGCAGUGUCGAAUUUACUAAUCGAUUAUCCAACGAUGCUAGAAAGGCCAUACAAUACAUAUUAUCCUCGUUUAUUAACGACGUUGGUAGAAUUUUUUGAAUUACCACAGGAUCAGACUACAUUAACUGAAGAUAAUAUAUUCCCAGAAACUGAAGAUACACCUGGGUAUCAAGUAGGAUAUAGUCAAUUGCUUUGUGCAAAAAAUCCCCCGAAGGAUCCUCUGGAAGCUAUUGGUGACGUACGUUUACAUUUAGCACAAGGAUUAGCGAGAUUAUCGCCGAGACAAUUACUUAGUAUUCUCGACCAAAUCCCAGAACCUAAUGCAAACCAUUUGAGGGGCUAUCUCCAAACGGUUGGUAUUACCGUUGCAUAAUACGAGCUAGAUGUCCGAGAUAGACUAAAAAUUCAUCUGAUUGCUCGGAAAAUAAACAAUAUUGAAUUGAACAAAUUAUAACGAAGGGGCGAAGAAGAAGUUGCUUCUCCGGUAUCUAUGUUAUGAAUACCCACGUGACUGAACAUUGUAUCGUUCGUCUGUCAUGCAAUUUGAACAUUUCAAGAAUUAUUUACCAUUUUCGUGUGAAAUAUUGUUCAGAGCCUGUGACUAGGAAUUAUUAAACAAGAAAAAAAAAAGAAAAAUGCUAAAACUGUAGCACAAAAAUCACUGAAGAUAAUCAACUGCUGCAUAUUAUUUAUAUGUAAAAACAUUCCCAAGGAAUUAUUUAAAUCACUUUUCAGAUCAGCUGUUCCCUUGUUUAAUAAAUAUGUGAAUAUCCAAUUACGUGACGUAUUGACUAACGUGGCCUGUGGGUAAAUCAGUCGUUGAAUAAUUUUUAAACUUGAAUGUACAAUUUUUAAUGCGUACUAUAUCUCUGUAAAGAUUGUUGAAGAAAAAUUUUGAUCGCAUUUUAUAUUUCAAAGAAA